ACGAAGAUGACGAUCUUAACAGUGAAAAUAAUGAGAAUUAUAAAGAAAUUAUGGUCAAUGAAGAAAGAGAACAUACAGCAGGUGUACAGAAAAGGAAAUAUUUAGCAAAUAUUCUUGCAAAUCUUUAUUAA